GUUGGCGCCAUGGCUAUUGGCGAGCCUGCUUUCCUCCUACAUUACGCUGCGCCUAUCUGCCUUUGUCAUGAUAGCGAGCAACGAACCGGAUCUGGGCAUGGUCGCUUUGAGCUAUGACCGAGCGGCACAGGAAGCCCCACUUGCUUAUGGAGUCAGCCGCACACUUGUGUACUUGGCUGCUUCCCCAGUUGCUGCUGUGUUUGCCGCCAUCUCAUUCCUCUUGGUAAGUGUUGUGACAUUUCCGCAGAAGCUGUUGGCUCACGAAACAAUGCUGCGAGACAUCAGGUCCUACAACAUUCGAUCUGCGAAGUGUUCCAUAGAGCGGGAUCGUCACCAAAUCGAGGAGCAUGUUGCCGAACUCUUUGAUGGACUCGAGGACCCAAUCCUGGCCGUGGCCGUGGAUGCAACAGAUGAUUGUGUAGAGGUUGUAGAGGGUACAGAUGAAAUAGCGGAAUCCACAUCCUCCAGAUCAGCCUUGCGAUCGGUCACAAGCUAUCUUGACCACGACCAGUGCCUUGACGAAUUCAACGACUAUGUGCGGUAUUCGCUCCGGGACAUGCUGGUUGCAGAUUUGGGCGUCGAAACGCAACUGUCAUUCAGCCAUUGUUUUCUGCUCAGUUUGCCCAACGUUUUGUCAAACAUUGUGCAAAUAUGGGCCUCAUGGCAACUCCACAAGAAGCUGGGGUAUGUCUCCGGAGAGCUAUUUUUUGCGGCAUGCUACGUGGACACCAUUUUUUCCACUUUCAUCUUCUCCUGCUUUCCCCCGUGCCU